GAUUAGGAAUCUCCAGAGACUUUCGAAGUGCAAGAGUAUAGUUUUCAUCAAAUUUUCAGACAAUGGAACUACUAUGGAGUGACAUGGACUAUGACUAUGAAUAUGAGUAUGAGCAGCUUAUGAAAGAUCCCGAAUCAACUGUUACAAUGUUUUGUGAUGACAAUAUUGGGUUGAAGAAUGAAGCGGGUCAGUCUCUAUUUGGUGAGAAUGAAGUGAGUCAAGCACCACAAGACGAAAAUGAAGCAGGUCAAGCUUCGCGUGACAAGAAUGAAAUGGGUCAAGCACCACUCGAUGAGAAUGAAUUGAGUCAAGUAGCACUAGACGAAAAUGAAGCAAGUGAAGCUCCACUAGACAAGGACUUUCUUAGAUCAAUUUCUAUAUCAUUAUGUGAGAGUCUUGGGUUGAUGAAAGAAGUGAGUCAGGCUCCAGUUGAUGACAAUGAAGCAGAUCAAACUCUACUUGAAGAGGAUGAAUUGUUUCAUGCUCUCCUAGGCGAGAAUGAAACAGGUCAGGCUCUACUUAACGAGAAUGAAGACAGUCAGGCUCUCCUAAAUGAGCAUGAAGCAAGUCAGGCUCAUCUGAAUGAGAAUGAAACAGGUCAGGCUCAAGUCCCACCCAUGUACCCAAACACUUGGCCUUCCAACUGGAACUCAACGAAUCAGAUUUCAUUGGACUUGGAGCCACCAAACAAUACUAGCACCAAGAAAAAGAAAUGGGAUUUGGCUGAACACAUACUCUUCCUAAAUGGAUUGACGACAUAUGGGAAGGGAAAAUGGACUGCCAUUUCUAAAAAUGUGGUGCUGACAAGAACAACAGCUCAAGUAGCUAGUCAUGCUCAGAAAUACUAUAAACACCAAAUUGAUCGAAGAAACAAAAGGAGCAAAAGAGCCAGCAUAUAUGAUUUUACCACAGACAUGCUUGUGGACCCUAUGAAUCAAAACCAGAACCAUGCCAUUCCAUCAAUGCAUCAACUAGAGCCACAAAAUCUUUCACGUGAGGUUCCAAUGCACCAAUCACGGCCAGGGCAUCAAUUUAACUUACAGGCUCCUUAUGAUAUUCCAAGACAUCAGUCAACCCCAAUGAAUCAGCCAACUGUUCCAAUGCAAAUUCAACCUCCAUUAAAUCAGUUUAACUCACAAAAUAUCAUGAAGGCAAAUCCUGCUUGCAUGGCAGAAUUGAACCCUUCUCACACUCACUCAACUCCCCAACCACAUCAAGGGUUAUCACAGUUGACAUCUGUGUUUUCAUUUGACCCUGGGUUCUCUAAUAGGCAACAAUUGGUGAAUCAACCUUCAUUCAACUUAAAGGCACCAACAACUAUCCAUACCCAAAUCAACAAGGGAACCCGAUGGACUGAAGAAGAACACCUGCUAUUUCUGGAUGGAUUGCAAAGAUAUAGGAAGGGAGAUUGGAAGAACAUUUCCAAAUAUGUUGUGUGGACAAGGACGCCAACUCAGAUUGCCAGUCAUGCUCAGAAAUACUUUAACCGCCAAGCUAAGAAAGGGAUCAACAACAACAAGCAUUAUCCUACUGCGAAACGGAACAAGAAGAGAGAAAGAAAAAGCAUCCAUGAUAUCACCAUUCAUGAUGUUUAUGUCGAAGCUCAACAACAAAAUCAAAUGAUGGCUUCUUCAUAUACUCAAAACCAGAUUGUUCCUCCAGGUCUUCCCAUAGAUGAAUCUUAUAUCCCACAAAAUCGCCUAAAUUUUAAUCAGUCCCUUCAAUUUGGGCACCCAAACAGCACCUUUCUUGUGUAAAGAUUCUUUGUACUCUCCAACGAGUUUUAUAGUA